AUGUUUUACUAUCCAAGACCAACUCCUCAAGAUGUCCUAAUAGAAGAACAGGACAAUGACCACUACCACCAAGGUUAUAGUGGGUCAGAUACCUAUGAGUGGAAUAUAGAUGGUCUUGCAGAAAGACAGAUCUAUACGACAGUACAUAGAAUACUUCUGUACAGUACUAUCUGUAAAGUUAAUAAAAAAACAAAUAGAGCAAUUGCAGAAAUGAUUAUUGCCGAAUUUAGUGGUCAGCUGAAAGGAUGGUGGGAUAAUUAUCUCACUCAUGACAAACAUUUUCAAAUAAUGAAUGCAACCAAGACUGAAGACGAUAAGACUGUUCAAAACUCAGUCUAUUCUUUAGUCAUGAAUAUCAUCGAACACUUUUCUGGAAGAUGGUCUGAUAAUAGUGAGAAUGCUCCAGAAUUUGAGAUAGUGAUGAAAUUACCAGAGAGUAAUAGUACUCAUUGGAAGUCCAAAUUUAUAGAUGGACUCCCUCCUUUAUUUGCUAAAAGGAUUCGAAAGGAAGGUUUAGCUCUAUGUAAUAAGAUCAAGCUAAACCAACAAAUUAAGAAACAUCGUCUCACUAAGAGACAACAAUUAGGUCAAUUCUGCGAACAGUUCGCCAUUGAUAUACCUUCCAAGAAGAAGAAAUCCCAAAAAGCGGAUUUCAAAAGGAAAAAGGGUUCGCCGGAGAAACAGCAGGAAAAGACCCAAAGAAGAAAGGCUUUUCAUAAAGCCAGAAAGGGUUUUAUUAAAUCCAAAAACCCUCAGGCCUGUUAUAAAUGUGGUAGAGUAGGCGAUUACGCAAGGAUUGUAAAAUCAAGGACAAGAUCAAGGAACUUGAUUUAG